UUGUGCAUUCCAUACAUACAACUUCUGGCUGCAGUUCUACUUUCAUGGCUAAUAUCAAUGCCUCCAUUCAUUUCCUUCUGCUUAUUUUCCUCUCCUCCACUUUUCUCUAUCUUGAAACUGUUAAACUUGGUUCCUGCAAUGGCGUUCUCAAUGUCAGCUGCACUGAAAUUGAGAGAAAAGCCCUUGUUGACUUCAAACAAGGUCUUACUGAUCCUUCCGGCAGGCUCUCUUCUUGGGUUGGCCUGGAUUGCUGUAGAUGGAGUGGUGUGGUGUGCAGCCAGAGGGUACCUCGAGUCAUCAAGCUCAAACUCCGCAAUCAGUAUGCUAGAAGUCCGGACGCCAACGAUGAAGAUACCGGUGCUUUUGAGGAUGACUAUGGAGCAGCUCAUGCAUUUGGCGGCGAGAUAAGUCAUUCUUUACUUGAUUUGAAAGAUUUGAGGUACUUGGACUUGAGCAUGAACAAUUUUGAAGGACUCCAAAUCCCCAAGUUCAUUGGAUCAUUCAAGAGGUUGAGAUAUCUCAAUCUCUCAGGUGCAUCCUUCGGUGGAACCAUCCCACCCCACCUAGGGAACCUUUCGAGCUUGCUCUAUCUUGAUCUCUACUCAUAUUCUCUUGAAUCAGUUGAGGAUGACCUGCACUGGCUAUCAGGUCUUUCUUCUCUGAGACACCUUAAUUUGGGAAAUAUAGAUCUUAGCAAGGCUGCAGCUUAUUGGCAUCGAGCUGUUAACUCCCUUUCUUCACUCUUGGAGCUACGCUUACCUAGAUGUGGGCUUUCUUCCCUUCCUGAUCUCCCUCUUCCAUUUUUUAAUGUCACAUCCCUUUUGGUGCUUGAUCUUUCGAACAAUGACUUCAACUCGUUGAUACCUCACUGGUUGUUCAACUUUAGUAGUCUUGCAUACCUUGAUCUCAACUCCAACAAUCUUCAAGGCAGUGUUCCUGAAGGAUUUGGUUACUUGAUUUCCCUUAAAUACAUUGAUUUUUCUUCUAAUUUAUUUAUUGGAGGUCACUUACCAAGAGACUUAGGAAAGCUUUGCAACUUGCGAACUCUCAAACUAUCUUUCAACAGCAUUAGUGGAGAGAUAACUGAAUUCAUGGAUGGGUUGUCCGAGUGUGUAAACAGUAGUAGCUUAGAGUCUCUGGAUUUGGGGUUCAAUUAUAAACUGGGUGGGUUUCUUCCUAAUUCUUUGGGACACCUAAAGAACUUGAAGUCUCUUCAUCUGUGGAGCAACUCAUUUGUGGGGUCAAUUCCAAACUCCAUUGGAAAUUUGUCGUCCUUGCAAGGAUUCUACAUCUCUGAAAAUCAAAUGAAUGGAAUAAUCCCAGAGAGUGUUGGCCAACUCUCAGCAUUGGUUGCACUGGAUCUCUCAGAGAAUCCAUGGGUUGGUGUUGUGACUGAGUCUCAUUUCUCCAAUCUCACAAGCUUAACUGAGUUGGCAAUCAAGAAGUCAUCUCCAAAUAUCACCUUGGUCUUCAAUGUGAAUUCUAAAUGGAUUCCUCCUUUUAAACUCAAUUACCUGGAACUCAGAACGUGCCAACUAGGUCCCAAAUUUCCUGCAUGGCUGAGAACCCAAAACCAGCUGAAGACGAUAGUGCUCAACAAUGCUAGGAUUUCAGACACGAUACCUGAUUGGUUUUGGAAGUUAGACUUGCAGCUCGAGCUACUGGAUGUUGCUAAUAAUCAAUUGAGUGGGAGGGUCCCAAAUUCAUUGAAAUUUCCCGAAAAUGCUGUUGUGGAUUUGAGCUCCAACCGCUUUCACGGUCCUUUCCCACACUUUUCUUCUAACCUGAGUUCAUUGUAUUUGAGAGACAAUUUAUUUUCUGGACCAAUACCUCGGGAUGUUGGCAAAACCAUGCCGUGGUUGACAAAUUUUGAUGUCUCUUGGAACUCUCUAAAUGGUACCAUUCCCUUGUCUAUAGGUAAGAUUACGGGUUUGGCAAGUCUGGUUCUCUCAAAUAAUCAUUUAUCUGGUGAAAUUCCUUUGAUUUGGAAUGAUAAACCAGAUUUGUACAUCGUAGAUAUGGAAAAUAACAGCCUAUCUGGUGAGAUCCCUAGCUCAAUGGGCACCCUGAAUUCACUUAUGUUCUUGAUACUGAGUGGCAACAAACUUUCAGGGGAAAUUCCUUCUUCACUGCAGAAUUGCAAGGACAUGGAUAGUUUUGACCUUGGCGAUAAUAGAUUAUCAGGAAACCUUCCAUCAUGGAUAGGAGAGAUGCAAUCGUUGUUGAUUCUACGCCUGCGAUCAAACUUGUUUGAUGGAAACAUUCCCUCCCAAGUGUGCAGUCUUUCCCAUCUUCAUAUAUUGGACCUCGCACAUAAUAAUCUGUCAGGAUCCGUUCCUUCUUGUUUGGGAAAUUUGAGUGGCAUGGCUACUGAAAUCAGCAGUGAGCGAUACGAGGGCCAAUUGUCAGUUGUGAUGAAAGGAAGAGAACUCAUAUAUCAGAAUACUCUGUAUCUCGUGAAUAGCAUUGAUCUUUCAGACAAUAAUAUAUCGGGGAAGUUGCCUGAACUAAGAAAUCUUUCAAGACUUGGCACCUUGAACUUGUCCAUAAACCAUUUGACAGGAAAUAUACCAGAGGACGUUGGGAGCUUAAGUCAAUUAGAAACUCUGGACCUCUCAAGAAACCAGCUCUCUGGCCUGAUUCCACCAAGCAUGGUUUCUAUGACUUCCUUGAAUCACUUGAAUCUAUCUUACAACAGACUAUCUGGUAAAAUUCCAACAAGCAACCAGUUCCAAACCUUCAAUGACCCGUCCAUAUACAGGAAUAACCUUGCACUCUGUGGGGAGCCUCUGGCAAUGAAGUGCCCAGGCGAUGAUGAGGCUACUACUGAUUCUUCAGGUGUGGAUAAUGAAGAUCAUGACGAUGAACAUGAAGAUGCGUUUGAAAUGAAGUGGUUCUACGUGAGCAUGGGGCCUGGAUUUGUAGUGGGAUUUUGGGGAGUUUUUGGCCCUUUGAUAAUAAAUAGGUCUUGGAGGCGAGCCUACUUCCGGUUCCUGGAUGAGAUGAAAGAUAGAGUUAUGGUGGUUAUCACAGAGAGUGUAGCAUGGCUGCAAAAGAAAUGCAAAUAGGAAAGAAAACAUCAUCGAACUUGAACAGAUAUCCAUCAACAAGCUUUCUAGCUAAAAUAACAGUCUCUAUGUGUCAGUGGUUUGCUUCAUGUACUUCCUCCUAACACAAUAAAACAUUGGUUAAUUAGGAGCUUUUCUUCCAACCUUGAUAGACUGGUAUAUCUGCUUGCAUCUGUGGUAUUCUUCUUCUUCUACAGGUUUUUCUUCCUUUUGAUUUAGUGAAGUAGCAGAACCUUAGCCCCCUGCUAGGCAAUCUGAUAACUUUGCUGACCAGUGGGAGAAGUGGAUUACUACCUCGCAUCAAUAUACGAUCUCAACCCCAGAUGAAAGAUGAAAUGUAAGGUGUCAACCUCCAGUUGCAUUUUGGGAUACAAACACCUUACAUGCUUCGUAAUUUUGUGGCUAAACUGUAAUGUAUGCUAUCAACUAUGUAUGUGAUGGACUCUGUAUGUAUUUUUCUGGUGGUGAGCUGCCAUUCUGAUUUGUCGGACAAGAUUCAGAGGUUCUGUAAAAUCUGAAGUUUCACCAGGCUCAUGUAAAACUCCUUUUU